CACCAUCAGUUAGUGACUAGCGCGUUGGCAGUGUGCAUGUAAUACCUUCACUUCCUCUUUUGUUUUUAGCAGCUUUCGUAUAUAUAUAUAUAUAGAAAAAACAGACGCUCCAAUAAAGGAAGACGCAAUGGCGAACGAAGGCAUAAAUAUUAAGUGGCCGGACAUCCUGGUUUUGGUCCUCUAUUUUGUCUUCGUACUGGUUGUUGGGCUAAUAUCUUCCUGGAAAAUUAAGAGAGGCAGCAUCUCCAGCUACUUCCUCGCUUCUCGCAAUAUGCACUGGAUACCCGUGGGUGCAUCACUCUUCGCCAGUAACAUUGGGUCAGGUCACUUUAUCGGGCUGGCGGGAUCAGGAGCAGCCUCGGGUAUUGGAAUCGGUGCUUUCGAAUUAAACGCAGUUUUCGUGCUGAUGUUACUAGGUUGGGUGUUCGUGCCAGUGUACAUGAGCUCAGGUGUGUACACAAUGCCAGAAUACCUAAGAGAGAGGUUUGGAGGCCAGAGAAUCAGAGUCUACCUCUCCUGCCUCGCUCUCCUCCUCUCCAUCUUCACCAAAAUAUCCGCUGACCUGUAUGCGGGGGCACUGUUCAUCCAGCAGACACUGAACAAGAACAGUGAGGAGUGGAUGUAUAUUAGCAUCUUGAUCCUGUUGGCCAUAGCUUCUAUCUUCACUAUCUCAGGGGGGCUCACGGCUGUCAUCUGGACAGAUUUUGUGCAGACCAUUCUUAUGGUCGUUGGUGCCCUCAUCCUCAUGGGCAUGACUUUCCAUGAAGUGGGUGGAUACAAUGCUCUGGUGGAGAAUUAUUUCGACGCCAUACCCAACAUGACCAGAUACUCUCAAACAGACAGUAAUAUUAACUGUGGGGAGCCCCCUGGCUACGCCAUGCACUUCUUCAGAUCCAUUAAGCCCGGGGAAUCGGACAUGCCAUGGACAGGCAUGAUCUUCGGCAUCACCAUCUCCGGCAUCUGGUACUGGUGCACUGACCAGGUUAUUGUACAGAGGACGCUCUCUAGCAAAAAUAUGGUACACGCUAAGGCUGGCUGCGUUCUGGCUGCUAUGAUAAAGUUCCUGCCGCUCUUCAUUCUAGUAUUCCCAGGCAUGGGUUCCAGGGUACUCUACACAGACAAAGUGGCCUGUGUGGUCCCGAAGGAAUGCAAGAAGUACUGUGGCAGUGAAACAGGAUGCACCAAUACUGCCUACGUCGAACUCGUUCUUAACCUGUUGCCAACAGGAUUAUCCGGGUUGAUGUUGGCUGUGAUGAUGGCCGCCCUUAUGUCUUCCCUCACCUCCAUUUUCAACUCCUCCUCGACUAUUUUCGCCAUUGACAUCUGGACGAGGAUCCGCAAGAAGGCAACAGACGUGGAGCUCUUGAUCGUUGGUCGAGUGUUCGUGUUAGCGAUGGUUGUGGUGUCCGUCAUAUGGAUCCCUGUCAUCCAAAACUCGGCAAACUCUCAGUUGUUUGUUUACAUCCAGAGUAUUUCAUCGUUCUUGUCACCGCCCAUAUGUGCCAUCUACCUCCUCGCUAUAUUCUGGCCAAGGACCAAUGAGCCUGGAGCCUUCUGGGGCCUCAUUGUCGGCCUAAUUAUUGGGCUUACCCGCUUCGUGCUGGAGUAUGCUUUCGUCGUCCCCGGGUGCGGAGACGAAGACCAGGACAAACGGCCCGAGUGGAUCAAGAUCAUUGUGGGAAACGUUCACUACUUGCACUUUGGGUGUAUAUUGUUCCUCAUCGUCUUGGCAGUAACCGUGGCUGUGUCUUUACUUACAGAACCCAUACCUGAGAAAUGUCUGCACCGGCUGACGUAUAGUACCCGUCAUAGUCAAGAGGUGCGUGUAUCCAUCAGAGAGUGGAGAAAUGAAAAAGAUUCCAUAGACAAAGUCCACCUUGAGCCUACUCCUGAUAAAAAUAGCAACAGCAAAGCUAGUGUGCAUUCCAGCAACAUGCAAGAACUGCCUGCCUGGCGGCGCUGUAUCAACUGUCUGUGUGGGGUUAGUACCCAGAACAUCAGUGUCUCGCAGGAAAAUCCUGCCGAUGAAGAGACUCCAGAGGAAAGAGCCAAAAAAGCUGCAGAGUUCUUAGAGGAAAGGAAGCCUUGGACCAAUGUUGUGGACGGUAUGGCUAUCUUCGUCAUGACGAUUGCUGGAUUCUUGUGGGGAUUCUACGCCUAGAUCAAGCUUAUCAAUGUUGGUUGUUGGCUUCUUGGGAGGGGGGGAAAGUUUCUGUAAAAGAGUCUAGAUCAUCCUCAUCAAUCUCUGAUGGUUGCUGGCUGCUUGAGGGGAUUCUGUACAGACAAAUCAAUUUCGUCAGUCCCUGAUGGCUGCUGGCUUCUGGGGAUAACACAUCUAGAUUCAGUUCACCAGUCUCUGAGAACGCCAGCUACAUUAUAGACACGUGAAGGGUAUGCUUCGAGAUCAGCAAACGCUACUAUCAAGUUUAACAAAAUCAAAACGUGUCAGAUAUUUUCUUUCUAACCAAUAAUGUCUAUAGCUAUACUGUAUAUGUGUUUUUUAUGUAAAUAUAGUUUUUACAAGUGAAUGUACGUGCAUAGCGACUGCACUACUGGAAGACUGCCAACGUUCUAUCAGUAUUAAAAACGUAAGAGACAAGAGGCCCUAAACUACAGACCAGCAUUGAUAACAUACCAUCUAAGGUAAUAGUGAGCGGGAUAAAUAUCAUUAUGACAGGUUUGGAGAUGGCAAAUACUGUCUUCGAAUCCUAAUACCAUUUCAUGAUAGGUUAAAUGAGGACAGGCAAUUGAAAAGGAGCCUUCGUGUUUCUAGACUACAAGAGUGCAUUUGUUGCUGUACCUUACGGGGAAGAUUUAAGCCAGUGCUCUUUUUUUUCUGAUACAAUCUACACUAUAUCAUGUCCUGGCCCCUCUGAUUUUAAACACUAUAGUUUAUGAUUAGCUAAAAAAAAAAAAGUUACGCCUGGAUGAUAAAUGAUCUCACUCUCGAUGCAGAAAUAUAUUCUAUGUACCUUUUGCAAAUGAACUAUGUCCACAGUUACACAUCAAAAUGAGCUAAUCCGAAGCAGAGGAAAAAAACAGGAUGAUGGGGGAAUUCCUGGGUUUGCUUGUAGACAAUACAUACUUAGUGCUCAUAUUAUAGAAACUGCAGGUAUACUUUCUAAAAUUUGCUAUUUUAUUCCCCAGUCCAUACGACACACUUUCUCAUUUAUCCUAUGCUGGUGAUAGGCUCUUAAUCUAAGGAUCGAACCUAUUGCCUUCCACUUCCCCAGGUGCUCGCCAUCGCUGUAUACACAGAUGGCUCCAAGUCUUUGACGGCGUCGGAUUCGCAGUGUUUCCGGACAGUGUCGUGAGUGGGCAUUUACUAUCCUCGGCUACCAUUUUUACUGCUGAAUUGUGUGCCAUUCUUGUAGCACUUAUCCGUAUUGCAUCUAUGCCCGUGUCACCAUUUGUGGUUGUUUCAGACUCCCUUAGUGCUUUACAGGCUAUACGAAAAAUUGAUACACAUCCUUUAGUUCUCCUAAUCCAACUUUGGUUACGCCGUAUCUCUACCAAGCAUAAAGAUGUUUUUUUUUUUUUUGGGGGGGGGGGGUCCCUGGUCAUGUUGAUGUACAGGACAAUGAACAGGCAGACACUGCUGCGCGGUCAGCAGUUUCAUAUAGAGGUGUUCCAUUCACGGGCUAUUUUGCUGUAAUUACUUCCCACCUUCACACGCGUUGGCAACAACGUUGGUCUGAUCUGCUCAAUAACAACUUCGUUCUAUUAAACCGAGUCUAGGUUACUGGCCGUCUUCAUGUCAUCAGUGUCGAGGUUGGGAGACUACUCUCUCCCGUCUUCGCAUUGGCCACACUUCUUACUCACGGGUAUCUCAUGGAGAGGCGCCCUGUUCCUCUCUGUGAGAAUUGUCAGGUUCCAGUAUCUGUUAGCCACAUUCUGUUAGAUUGCCCACACUAUCAACGAGCACGCAGAAUUUACCUCCAACGUCGUCUCCGCUCUGCUGCUCUCGCUUUACCUUCCCUUCUUGCUCACGGACCCUCCUUUAAUCCGGACUCUCUCAUUGACUUUUUGACAACAACUGAUUUACUCCGCAAUCUCUGAUGAUGUUGCCUUUAGCACUCCCCACAGCCCUUUCUACCUCAAUCUCUUGCUACCCUCUACCCCGACCCUAUCCAGUGCCCUGCUGUCCUCCAUAACCUACUAAUCAUCCCUCUCCCUUUUGCCACCCGAUACUCUCGCUUCCUUCACUGCCCAGCAGCGCUGUAUGGCCCUUGUGGUUUAGCGCAUCUUUUUUAUUAUAAUCCCCCAAGUGCUGCAUAACUCCUGUGGGUUUACCGCUCCUCUGAAUGUAAUAAUAAUCUUAUUUACCUAUACCUCACCUGUUGAAUAUGUGUUCCAGCUCAUUUGUCCACCUAAACCACUUAUCACGCAACAAAAACUAUCAAAACCAUUACAGAGUCAACUUUAAGGCAAUACUGGUCCCUUAUUCACCUCUAAACCCACUAAAUAUUAAUGCUAUACAUACUGCUGCUCACAUACUGGAAGCACUACACUAAUGCUGAUGCUCACUUAAGACACUUCCUGGAAAACUGUAAAAAGAGUACAGGCAUCACACUAAACGUGUGCCCCUGAUAUCCCUUGCGUUCACCUUAACCUCGAAAGAAACUAUGCGAAUAAAACGGUCACGAAUGUGGAAUAACUUGCUUGAUGAAUAUGAUUUUUAAGCAACAUAAAAACUCAUUAAACUGUUACUUUAAAAUCACAUUACACCAGGUUCCUUAAUUUUUUUAAAGUUUAUUCAUGUCGCCAAUCAUUAAUUACAUUACCGCAUCCUUAUCUGCAUUUUACUUUUCUCUGAAUUUAAUUUUUUCUUUAGAUUGUAAUUUAAUUUUUUUUACUAAGUGCUCAGUUUGCGCUAAAAUUUAUAUUGCAUUAUUAUUGAAUUUUAUAUAUGUAUAUAUAAUGUCUAAUACAUUAAUAUACAUAUGUCCAGUAUAUUUUUAUUUUUAUAUUAAUAUUAAUCCUAGCUUAAGUCUGCCCGACCGGCGAAUAAGAAAAAAAAAAAAAGUUAUGCAUGCCCAUGGGCUUUUCCCUGUAAAAAAUAUACAUACACUGUUAACCUAUUAAUCCACCAUGUUUGAAAAUAAAGUUAUUAUCUCUAUCA